AUGGAUAAGAAGCUGAAAGAAGAGCCAGUAAAACCAACAGUUUAUGUUACCAAAGGAACCUCCAUAAAGUGCCAGUUCCGUUUACCAAGCGAUGCUAUUGAUGUGCACCAUGUUGGACCAGCUGACAUCGAAUACAUUGCUGCUUUGGGAGACUCAAUAACCACAGCAUACGGUUCUAGAAACACAACAACUCAAAAUUUCUCAGAAAACUAUUUUGGAAACAGUUUUGUCACAGGCGGUGACGAAAAUUUGUUUGGACAUGUUACUUUGGCAAAUAUUCUUAAAGAGUUUAAUCCUAAUUUGAGAGGAAUAUCUCAUGGAUCGGGUUAUGGCCUUAAUAGUGGUUUGAAUGUUGCUGUUAGUGGUCGAACAGUUGACGAUUUACCACGUCAAGCAGAAAUAUUAGUUAGCACAUUCAGAGAUCGUUAUCAACCAUCUGAUUAUCAGAAUAAAUGGAAGCUUAUCAACAUCUUCAUAGGAACAAAUGACAUUGGAAACUUGAGCUGCUAUAGAACUGAACCACCUGUACCAGUGGCCACUUACAAAGCCAAGCUUGAAGAAUGCAUUUCAAUAAUCAAAAAGGAUCUUCCAAAAACCAUCAUUUCAAUCAUUGGCAUGUGGAAUCCUCAAGUAACAAUUGAAGCAAAAAGUAUCAUCUCGGAAGGAAAGCGCCUGACAUGUCCAGGUGCUGCAGACAUUGUUGAAAAGCGGGAACAAUUGUGUACGUCAUAUCGCAACAAAGCUUUCGAAAUUCAGAAUGAACAGAAGUUUUCGUCUGAUGAUUUUACUGUUGUUGUGCAACCUUUCUUGGAAAACAUGGUUAAACCCAUUACAACUGCGGACGGGAAAUAUGACUUAUCAUUCUAUGCAGAAGAUGUAUUUCAUUUAUCAAAACAAGGAAAUUCCAAAUUUGCUACAUGGCUAUGGAAUAAUCUGUUAGAGCCAGUUGGGGCCAAAACAACUAACGCUCUCGACAACCAAACGUUCAGUACCAUUCAAUGCCCUGAUGUCAACAAACCUUACAUACGAACAGUUCGCAACAGUUGA